CGCGCUGUGUGGAAGUCCAUUUCAAUCGGCGCGUUGUCUCUCGAAGAUCGUUUGAUCAUAUAUCGCCAGGGUAACAGCAUCAUCAUCCAUUGAAAGAGCGCUCUUUCUAAAAGGAUUGCAAAACGGGCGUUUGGCAUUGCUCAUACGCAGCGUGUGACGACGGGUUGUGCAAAAGAGACAAAAAGGAUUCAAACCCAGGGUCUUCAACGAUCCAUGCCCAGCGCUUAAUCGCAUCAGCAGCAUCCAGAGAUGAAGGAAACCAAGUUAGUCCAAGAUCAGGGAGAUGGCUCCCUGCCGGAGUCCCUGCUCAAGAUUGCCAAGCGGGAGCUGCGCGAGGAUCGUUGCACACGGGAGCAAAGCCUGGAGCAGCUGCGCAACUGGGUGGCCAAGAACGAGGAUCUGCAGAAUGUGCGCUGCGACGACACCUUCCUGUUGCGCUUCCUACGCGCCAAGAAGUUCAGUGUUCCCAUGGCGGAGCAGACCCUGCUCAAGUACCUCAACAUCCGACGCACAUUCCCGCACAUGAGCACUCAGCUGGACUACCUGGAGCCGCGUCUGGGCGACCUCAUUGACCAGGGUUACAUCUUUGCAGUGCCCCAGCGGGACAAGCACGGACGCCGCGUGGUGGUCAUCAAUGCCAAGGGCCUCAAUCCGAAGAUCCACACCAGCUGUGACCAGGCCAAGGCGCACUUCCUCACGUACGAAUGCCUGAUGGAGGACCAGGAGACACAGAUCACCGGCCUGACGCAUGUCGGUGACUUCUCCGGCGUGUCGACAGCGCACGUGACCAACUGGAAUCCCACGGAGUUUGCCCGCAUUUUCAAGUGGGGCGAACAGUCGCUGCCCAUGCGCCACAAGGAGAUUCACCUCAUCAACGUUCCCUCUACGCUCAAAUGGCUCAUCGACUUUGUAAAGAACCGUGUCAGCUCCAAGAUGAAAAACCGCUUGAUCAUCUACGGCAGCGAGAAGGAGCUGAUGAAGGGCGUCGACCAGGCAUGCCUGCCCUUGGAGAUGGGCGGCACUGUGCCCAUGCGCGAUAUGAUCGAGCUGUGGAAGCAGGAGCUGGCCGCCAAGCGGGAUCUGGUGCUGGGGCUGGACAAGAGUGUCCUGCUCUCUGACCGCGGUAUCCAGCGGAGGAGCAGCUUCAAUGCAGAGAAGGCCAGCAAUGGUGGACCCAACUUUGUGUCACAGAUCGAGUCCAUCGAGGGCAGUUUUCGGAAGCUGGAGUUCGAUUAGCUCUCACCCGCUGUAGCUUUAGUUCUUAGUCCGUAGUUUUAGGCAUCAAUCCAUCCAGUUAACCCAAUGCGCAACGCUUCGCAGGUCCCCCGAUUCAGGCCAGAGAUCCGUAGCCAGAUCCCGGGGAUCCCACGCUUCGCUUCUCGGUGGCACUUGCUUUACUCAUCCUGCGCUUCUUUGUAAUUCAGUUUGUUCGUUUGGCGUACAAUAAACGAGAGGAAUAGUUUGGAACC